AUGGAAGUUGUCGAGCUGAACAUUGCCACUGCAUUAGAUAUGAGAAAAACUUUGAACCACCCAUCUUUCAAUAAAAUAGGAGUGCCUGAUUCUUGGUUACUCCCACCUGGUAUGGUUAUGGCUGCAGCAAACGCGACAGUGGCAAUUAAAGUUGCCACGACCAAGCAAAAAGAUACUGUACUUUUCAUCCACUCCUCACCUUCUUUCCUUAAAUCCUCGUGCUCCUUUGAAAAUAACUCCCUUGGUGUUAACCCGUCAUCAUUUUUCAUAUGGAGGAAUGAAGAUGGUACAAUCUUCUCCACCUCCUGA